UCAGCGCGGCGCCGUCGCGGCCCUGACGCGCGGGCCGGGCCGGCCCGGGCCUGCCGGGACAGCGGUGGCGGCAGCGGGCCUGGCCCGGGGAUGGCGAUGUUCCGCAGCCUGGUGGCCUCGGCUCAGCAGCGACAGCCGCCGAGCGGGCCCGCAGGCGGUGACAGCGGCCUGGAGGCUCAGUACAGCUGCCCUAUCUGCCUAGAAGUCUACCACCGGCCCGUGGCCAUCGGCAGCUGUGGCCACACGUUCUGCGGGGAGUGCCUCCAGCCAUGCCUGCAGGUACCAUCUCCCCUUUGUCCGCUGUGCCGCCUGCCCUUCGACCCCAAGAAGGUGGACAAGGCUGCCCAGGUGGAGAAGCAGCUCUCGUCCUAUAAGGCACCCUGCCGGGGCUGCAACAAGAAGGUGACACUGGCCAAGAUGAGGGUGCACGUUUCCUCCUGCAUGAAGGUCCAGGAGCAGAUGGCCAACUGUCCCAAGUUUGUCCCUGUGGUGCCCACAUCCCAGCCUAUUCCCAGCGCCGUCCCCAACAGGUCUACCUUUACCUGCCCUUACUGCGGCGCCCGCAACCUGGACCAGCAGGAGCUGGUGAAGCACUGUGUGGACAACCAUCGCAGCGACCCCAACCGUGUGGUGUGUCCCAUCUGCUCAGCGAUGCCCUGGGGUGACCCCAGCUACAAGAGUGCCAACUUCUUGCAGCACCUGCUCCACCGGCACAAGUUCUCUUACGACACCUUCGUGGACUACAGCAUCGACGAGGAAGCCGCCUUCCAGGCUGCCUUGGCACUGUCUCUCUCCGAGAACUGAAGGUGCAGCCCAGCUGCCAGGACCCACCCCUCCAGCCUCGAGGGACAGGGCUGUGCUUGCUCUCUGGCCCAGCAUCUGCACUGGAAUGCACCUUUUGGGCCAGGUGGGGCCUCCAUCAUCUCAGAAGGAGAGGUGGUCCUCAAGAUUGCCAGGGCCCAGAAGAGACCACUGUUCCCUCGCCAUCAGAAGAUGGCCGCCUGUGCUCCUGGCCAAGCAUGGCUGAUUUCUUCGGUGCUUCGGGCCAAGCAGGCGGCCCUCUCAGGGUCGGCCCUUCGGGACUGAGAGCAGUCAGCUGCCUGUCUCUCUCAAAGCCAUGAUGUCCUCCCCGUGCGGAGGGGGAGCCCCAGCGACACCCGGCUGGCCGCCGGCGUCUGGCAACACUUCCCCUGUGUACCCGGUACUGGCUUUGUGAUACCUAGAAACUCCAGCAUUUUUCUAUAUAUUCCAGUGUGAUAGCCUUUUCACAUUUUAUAGAGCAAAGACAAAGCAGUUACUCUUCAUAUUGCAAUAUCUGUGUUUGACUAGGAACAAUAGUAUUUUUAUGGAACAUUUACAAAAUUAUAUUUUUAAAAAAAAAUUGAAAACAGUUGAGGGAUCAGGAUAGGGAGGGAAGGAAAGGUGGGGCAGAUGCUGGGGCCAGGACGAACCACGAGUUUCGCUUAUGCGCACAGGAUGGAGGGGCCACAUCCUGGGUUAUCUCCGUGUUUUCCAGGGUUCCUGUGGUUGGUUUCAUCAUUUCCCUUUGAUAACAACCUGGGAGAAAUCCCAGCACCUUGGCCACUUCUGUGGCUGCUGGGCAGUGUGGGCCUCCUACCUGGGGUCUCAGCUUCAGCCAGCACCUUUCUGAAGCUAGCCACACUGCCACCCCCAGCGGUGGUAGACCUUGGGGCGGCCUGUGCAAUAGUGGGCUGGACUGGAAAAUGCUUGUCUUAUUUGGUUCGUGGCAUAAAUUAUUGCUGUGUUUUUAAAAAAUUUAAAUAAAAUGUUUCAAAGCAUUUA